UGUUUAAUAAAGGAGGAGAGUUAAUUAUUAGUUUCAGUAUGUUUAAAAAAAUAUAUAUGGAUCUUUUGAGAAGAAUUAAUACAGCAUAGUACAUUUAUUUGUUCCGAUGAAAGAUUAUUCAGGGAAGCAACGUAUACGCCCGCAUCCAGCCAUGACCGAAAAAAAGAUACACAAUUCCCAAAAACGCACGGCAACGACCUACGAGGAAAAUAGGUCGCUCAACACGGAACGUAAAGUGUAUAAAGGUUUACAAUGUUAUUCAUAUGCUUGUCUCAUUUUUUUUUUAAGUGUGAAAUAUCGAGAUUGGAAUAACAGGCUCGCUGUUAGAGCAAUGUUUAUGUUCCGUUCGCUCGCAUCUCACAUCCUGAAAAAUCAGAAUGCUCCGACAACGGAGUUUACUACCAUAGACACGCGUUCUCCGAAGCGCGCAAUGUGGUGGUGGGACGAGCAACGAGAAGGGACGGAGUGGGGGGGCAAUCGGUGACGACCGGUCCGCCUGAAGUGAGUCCAGUCAGUUCGCGGAGCGCAAGUAGUCGAUGUCGUAGAUUAUCGACACUCGUGUUUUACGUUUCUCAAGAGUUGCGAGAUACUUUUUUCCUCGCGCGAUCGAUAUCGACGACAGUCGACGCACACGAUCGACAGGUGGAGAACGCAUAUACGAGAUUGCGGAAAUCGGUUGCACGUGCGAAAGGAAAAGAACGAAAGCGAAACGAAGCGUCGGUCACGUACGAUUUGACGCUUUGUGCCGUAAAAGUGCGGCGACGCGCGCUGUUGACUUCAGUGCGAUACCAACUUGCCGGAGAUACAUUUCCGAAGUGCUCCGAUGUUCCUCAACGUGGCAACAUUAAACAAAGCUGCGUUGUACCGUUACGAAGAAUAAUGUCCGAGCGUGAUCGUCGGCGUUAGAUUUCUACGCGAGUGAGAUCGAUUCGAUCGGAGCGGCGUCUCGGAAUCGCGGAGCUGUUUACACGAAAGCUGCUUUCGCGAAAACAGUUGAAACGUGAACAUAUACGCGUGUACAUUCAUAUAAUCGAGCGUUCGUCCGAGGCAAGUGGCGGUGAAUCGAAACAAUCAAGUGAGAGUAUUUCGUACCGGCACGCGACGAGAAGUUAGAUCGAGCGUGGAUCGAGAAAAGUGUUUAGUGGUCGCUGAUGCACGCUUCUUGUUGGUGAUUUGUGAGACGACGAGGGAGAUAAAGAAGAGGAGCCACAGCGGACGGCGUCGUGCGGCGUCAGUGAGCCGGAGUUACGGUUUGGUGAUCCAAAGGGGAACAGGAAGCCGCUAUAUUGGAGAGGAAGCGGGAAAGCGGCGUGCCGCUCUUCUGUGUGCCGCGGCAGAGGCGCUCGUCCCAGCCCGAAAACAAUGAAGAGAUGAUCGCGAGUCUGCCGAUCAACGACCGGUUGAGCCGUGUGGGCCGCGGAUUGGCCCUGCACAGGUCCAACUCCAGCUUGGAGCUUCCGCACAGUCCGGAUCCUGCGUCCCGGCUGCCGGAGACGCCUCUUCGGAGGGAGUAUGGAUCUCACGGAAGCAUCGACGUAGUGGCGCAGUCCAUUACGGCCGGCGAGAACUUCUUCGCCAUGCUGCAGGACUUCCGGCCGCCGGAGCAACGCGGCAUCAUCCCCGGCGACUAUCUGCGCCGCGUUCAUCAGCCGGACGGGCCCGGGCAGCCGCUCGACGUCGACGAGGUCUGCGGUCCGACCGGCGCCGGUUCCAGUCCGAAGCUGCGGCUGAAGCUGAACAGACUGUGGGGCGGCAAGCCGCCGCGGACGAUGGAGGACGCCUGCCCGAGCCCGGUGGUGUCGGCCGACGUGGAGGAGCGGCAUCGGAGACGCGCGUUCGCCCACUACGACUGUCAGUCGUUGACGGCGAAUCUCGGCUACGCCGCGAAGCUCCGCGGGAUUCUCCUGGCCAGGAGGCGAAACACGGCCACCGGCGCGUCCGCCGCCAGCACCCUGAGAGCCUCGACGCCGGACGAGACUCCCGAAGACGACGUCGGCGACGGGAAAGGUAACGACCUGCUGGAGCCGUGUCCCUUCUUCCGCAACGAGAUCGGCGGCGAGGGGGAGCGCGAGGUCGGUCUCACUCGCUGCUCCCAGGGCAGCGGGAUUCAUAGACCGUCGUUGUCGUACGGCGUCUCCGUCCUGGAGCCGCCGCCCGGCGAGACGCUGUGGAAGCACACCUGUCCGCUGCAGAAGCGAUCCUUGCCCAUCGAGAGCGUCGACGAGGGGGCGCACUAUUACCGGCGAUACUUUCUCGGACGAGAGCAUCAGAACUGGUUCGGUAUGGACGAGCAGCUGGGACCGGUGGCCAUCAGCAUCCGCAAGGACGUCAAUCAGUACCGCGUGGUCGUCCGCACGUCGGAAUUGCUGACGCUGCGCGGCACCGUGCCGGAGGAGGCCCUCGGCAUCAGGCCGCAAGGACGACCGCCCACGAGGGAGCUGCUGGAGCUGGUCGCGCCGGAAGUCCAGCUGGGCUGUCUGAGGCUCGGCACAACCGCCGCCGAGGAGGCGCUGGCUAGAUUGGACGAGCAGGGAUUGUCCAACCGAUACAAGGUCGGCGUUCUGUAUUGCCGAUCCGGCCAAAGGACCGAGGAGGAGAUGUACAACAAUCAGCACGCCGGCCCGGCCUUCCUCGAGUUCCUGGACACCAUCGGCCAAAGAAUAAGACUGCGAGGAUUCGAGGGCUACAAGGCCGGACUGGACACCAGAACCGACUCGACGGGUACGCACGCGGUAGCGGCGACCCAUCGCGCAGCGGAAGUCACCUUUCACGUGUCCACCAUGCUACCCUUCACGCCUAACAACCGGCAACAGCUGCUGAGAAAGAGGCACAUCGGAAACGACAUCGUGACGAUAGUUUUUCAGGAACCCGGCGCACUGCCAUUCAGCCCGCGAAGGAUACGCUCGCAGUUCCAGCACGUAUUUAUCAUCGUGCGGGCCGUAAAUCCCUGCACCGACAACACGCAGUACAGCGUGGCGGUGUCCAGGAGCAAGGAGGUGCCGAUUUUCGGGCCACCUGUCCCGCAGGGUGCUACAUUCGCGAAGGGAAAGGCUUUCGCGGACUUUAUUCUGGCCAAGGUCAUAAAUGCCGAAAAUGCGGCUCACAGGUCGGAAAAAUUCGCCACGAUGGCCACGAGGACGAGACAGGAGUAUUUAAAGGACCUGGCGACGAAUUACGCCACCACCACAGUCGUCGACACGGGCCAGAAGUUCUCGAUGCUCUCCUUCAGCAGCAAGAAAAAGGCAGCGAUACGACCGAGACUUUCCUGCGACGCGUCCCAACGCGGCGCGAUUUGCUGGCAAGUCAUACUCGAGGACAGCAAUCAGAACACAGACUGCUACUUAGGUAUAAGCAUAGACACCAUUGUGCUGAUCGAGGAACACUCCAGGCAGGUGGUGUUCGUCACUCCGUGUAUCAGCGUGCUCGGAUGGCACGCUCAGACGAAUAGUUUAAGAUUGUAUCAUCAUCAAGGCGAGUGCAUUACCAUACACGUACGCGGCGAUUACGGCGAGAGGGACGAGUUAAUGGAAAUUGUGGCUCGGCUGCGCGCCGUAACUCAAGGCGCGCCCGCCUCGGAGCUGUCGCUGAAGAGGAACAGCCUCGGACAGUUGGGCUUCCACGUUCAGCCGGACGGCGUUGUGACGCAGGUCGAAAGUAUGGGCCUGUCGUGGCAGGCGGGCCUGCGGCAGGCCUCCAGGCUGGUCGAGAUUUGCAAGGUGGCCGUGUCGACCUUGAGCCACGAUCAGAUGGUCGAUUUGCUGAAGACCAGCGCCCAGGUCACCGUCACCGUGGUGCCGCCGACGAAUGACGGAAAUCCGCGAAGAGGCUGCGCGUUGCAGAACUGCCAUUACCUGUCGAAUAAUUACGAGGGGGAUUACGAGAAUGUGACGAGCGCGGAUAACGCACCGAGCCAGCAGACGGCGAUGUCGCAUCAACGGCGAUACGAUCGGUCGUUCAGCCCGCCGCGGUCGAGCAACAGCUCCGGGUAUGGUACUGGAUCCAGCUCUAGAUCGUUCAACGAUCCGCGGUUUCCGUUGGAGGGCACAAUGACUAGCAGCAGUAGCGGACACAGUAGUGCCGAUGAUCGUUGGUAUGAGCUUCUAGAGCCGCCGGAUCAGGACGGCAAUCAUCGCGCGGACGGCACGCCGCCGCCGUUACCGGCGCGACAGAAUUACCAAGCCGUGACGCCCAGCAAGUCCGGCCAGAAGAAGGACAAGUCGCAUUACGUCAGCGCGAAGCAGCUCGCGGAGAGCUCGAAGCAUCGCGAGCACAAUCACGAGCAUUACACGAAGGAGAGCAAUUACGUGUCGUCGAAGGUGAUCCAGGAGAACGCGCGUCACGAGAAUUACCAGCGGCAAUUGGAGAACGCGCACCGCGGCCAGGAUCACGUGACGACGAGUUACGUGAAGAUGCAGAAGGAGCGGUACGAGAUCAAGCAGGAGAAUCUGUACGCCUCUCAGCGGGAGCUGCACAAGAACGACGCGCAGCAUCACGGCGGCCAUCAGAAGCUCACCGCGUCGAAUUCGCUGCCGUUGGCGCACAACGCCGUUUACAGCUUGCCCAAGUCGGGCAGCAACAACAACAUCGGCAGAUACGAGUACGAGCAGCCCGGCAAGCACGAUUACGAGACGCCCACGAAACCGGACCGAAACUCAAAGUACGAGCUGCAGGAGGAAAAGAUUGAGCGGUCGGCGGGCAAGUACGAGCACGAUGUGCGAGCGCACGAGAAGAGGAUCGGCUACGAGUACUCGGAGGACAUCUACGAGAGGAGAAACAGCAAGUACGACGCGGACCUGGCCAAGUACGAGAUGGAGUGUCAGCACGGCAACAACGUCGAGAGGAAGCACGGCAACGACGCCGUCGAGCACAAUCGCGACUCUAUGAAGUACGAGAUGCCGCACGACUUCAAAGUGGGCGAAAAGGUCACCUGUCUGAAGACCAGCAUGUCGGAGCGACCGGUGCCGCACAAGGUGAACGUCGAGUACCGUCAGUCGAAGGACUUCCCGACGAGUCUGCCGCCGGAAGUGCGAAUAUCGGACGUCAGCGGUCCGGAAGUGGCCGCGCUGCCCAGCGAGGACGAGCUGUCGAACGGCUCGGGCAGCGUGUCGCCCAGGCUGCGACGAGCGAACAAGCAUCGCGGCGGCAAUCGCACGCCGUCCAGCGGCAGCUCCAGGAAUCAGAGUCCGCGGCCGAAGCCCGGCAUGAGGAACUCGGCGCAUCGAAACUCGGCGAAUCUGACGUCCAGCACGCUCCAGGAGGACCUCAUGAGACUCAUCAAUCCCGACUACAUUGCCGACGACAACCAAAUUAUUAAUAACAAUCUCGUGAACAGCGUGAUGAGCCCGAAUCAAAAUUCGAACAAAAUGAACAACAACAUGCUGGAGAUCCAGAACAGAUGCAGGUCCAGGGAAAAUCUGUGCGGCAACAGCGCGUCUACUUUGAGCGUGUUGCCCGCGAACGGGCAGGAAAAUGGUAACAACGGAUCGGAAGUGAUCCUCACGAUGGCCAGGCCAGCCACGGUGAUCUCCAACGCGAGCACCGCCUCGAGCCCGGCGCCGAGUGAAAAUAAAUUGUCGAAAGAGGAGAGGUUAUCGCCGCGUGUGACGAAACCGCUUCAUCCGCUCUCGAAACCGCACAGCAAUCUAACGCCGAUCAAAGACACGAAAAAUCACAACGACGCGAAUGUAGACUGCUGGAAGAAUCAACACGAGAAUUCCAACAGAUCGACGAAGCAGCAGCACCCUCAAGAAUGGUCCGACGACAGGCUCAUCGAUGGAUGCAACGCGAACGCGAAUUCCGUCUCGGACUUGCAGUCUCAUCUGUCCACUCUCGAACUGAGAAUGGCGAGGGAGACGCGCCUGCGACUUUCGUUGGAGGACGAAGUGCGUCGAUUGCGCGAUGAGAAUCGACGUUUGCAGGAGUCCGAGAGUAUGCGGCUCUCCUUGGAAGACGAAAACCGUCGUCUGAAGGAUGAGAAUCACGCGGCCGCGCAGCAACUGCGACGUUUCACGGAGUGGUUCUUUCAGACGAUAGAGCAUCAAUAAUCAAUAACAAUGUAAAAUAGCUGUAUAAGGAAUGAAUUCUUAGCAAGUUAGAAAUUGUCCAGAGAUUAAUUUCGAGCGAUGGAAUCGCCGAGGGAAAAAAAGAGAACGUAAGUAAAUUAUACUCUCUUAUCGGUGUGGUAGAAAUUAUUUGCGUAGAGCGCAGGGCUUGCGUUAUCAGUGUUUAAAUAAAACGAAUCAAAUCGGUUAUCUUUAUUCAAUCGUCGAGUCGAUUGCAUUUAUCUCGUCCGCGUUCCGUUCCCUCGAUCGCUCGGAUCGCAGCACGAUCUUUGUAAGUGCAGUAUUAUAACGUGACCUUCACACUUGAACACGUAGAUGUUAGAUCGCGAUCGGAGACAGCCGGAAGCGACGAUGGGCUGCAGAAAAUGCCGCAAACGAAAAUACGAUGUACCGCCCGCGUGGCUCUCGGCGGCCUUCGGCAACUUGUAUUAUAUAGAAUCGUUAGAUUAUUUGAAUUAAGUAAAAUAUAAGUUACCAUCGUACUGUCUCCUCCGUCCGAGGACUCGUACGUUGACAACAAAAAGUAUUUCAAUCAUUCGAUGGAGUAAUUUAGUGCGCGUCCGUCUUAAGGAAGCGGCGUGCACAUUGAACGAUAUCAAUGUUGUUUAAUUUUACAAAAAGCGACCAAAUGACCAAAUAUUACUAGAAUCUAAGGAUUACAUUAACUCUGUAAUUUAUUACGCCUUUUAUAUUAAUCGUCUAGAGUAUAAUUUUGAAACGUCGCACGCGUUGAAGGCGGAAGGCGUUCUCUGCUAGGAAUUCCUUCUUUGUAGCAAGUGACAAAGCAUAAUUCCGACGUAAUAUACGGAAGCGACCUUCAUUGAAAGCUGUAAGUGUCAAUCAAUAAAAAGAAAUAUGUACUUUAAUAAUAUGUACUUCAACGACUCUCGUUCGCAAAAAAAAAAAGGAUAAUUGAUUACGUGUAAAAAUGAAUUCUCGUCGAUACUCGACAAGUUUCCAUUGAACUGGAAGGGAAAUUCAUUUUUACAAUAAAUUGCACAGCAAGGAGCGGAUAGGGCGGGGAUCGAACUGAAUAUCGCCAGCGGUUUUAGAAUAAAAUAGUAUAUUGUAAUCCACAGAAAAAAACAAGACAUUUCCAUGAUGCCUUAAGAUCUGUCUGUCUCACUGUUCUGUCAGUUUAACAAUUAGCUGCGGUUACAUUCUCUUCCGUUCCAGACCACACGGAAACGCUCGCUCACCGCCGCAUCGCGCGUCCGCGGCAGCGAUUAGGUUUCUACACGCCGGACUUAUCCAGCCGGUUUACGAAGGAUCGGAUUAUGCGUUUCGGUACCAUUUAUAGAUAAAAAGAAGCUACGGCUCGCUGCCGCGCGAUCUCGCGACUCGACGGUAACGCUGUCACGUCGUUUAUCCUUCCGCGGCGCGAGCGGAAGGACACUGGCCCUGUUUUUUCCCCUUCCUUCAUCUUUUUCUUCUCUCUCUCUCUCUCUCUCUCUCCCUCUCACACACCGCCCGGUAUAUUCGGACAGUCGAUCUCGACAAUUAUCGUAUAGUCGGUGUAAUCAGAGACAAGCAAAAUAUUACUCCAUACUUGCGAGCGUCAUGUCGAUUCUCCGUAUCUCACGGUCUAUUUAUUUAUGCGUUUAAAUGCGUAAUCUAUAUUUAGUUCGCUUCUAAUCUCUAGAUCUAUGUAUAUUCACGGCCCCGGGUGGACGCCGAUUAUUGCGCUUUCUUGAGAGGAAAGUGAUUAUGCGAGAGAAUAUUUGACUGCUUAUAAUCGAAACACUGUGAAGUAAUAUUUUACACAGCUCUUUGUGUAACGCUUACGCCACCGAGACUUGCUCGUCGGUUUUAUUUUUAUUUUUUUAUUUUUUUCGUUCGCUUAAGUACACGAGAAAUUAUGCUUAGCAAAUGUAAUUACUCGUAGACUGUUUAAACACUCGGACUUAGUUUUACUCUAGUAGCGGUUUUUUUUUUUCUAUUAUAUCCCUAAUUUAACAUGCCCCGAAUGGAAGUGUGUCUCCAUUACAAAGUUCCGGAUGAAUCAUUCGUCAACGUGAAUAAAUCUCAAAAAGGAAACGCGACGCACUUUACGAACGCGAAAAAACGUAACGAAGAGAAAAAAUUCACGCGUGUCGGAGAGCCGCUUUGAUGAGGCUCAAACAUCAUCGACCACGCGGAAAUUCGAAUUCGUAAUGGAUCGUUCGUUGCGAGAGUUCUUCAACCAGCGAGACCGUCGCAUCAUCCAUCUGUCAUGGAAACGCAAUGAAGCGCGAUGAGUCGAGCGAAAACAGAAGAAACGUGUCCGAGAAGAGGAAUGUCCUCGGCAUUUCUGACUGCAUUUUUCUUGCGAGUUGGAAAUCCGCGUGGAGGCAAAUCCCGAACGAUCGUCCGCAGGCGUUUUAAAAACAUCCGGGAUACGAAAUUCGGAGGCAUCCUCGCAACAUCUUUCGGAUGCUCGCGCUGUUCGAGAAGCUUCGUCGCGACGCGAGCUCGAACGUGCGCCAUUCCUGCGCACGAAAAGCAACGGGCAAGUUCUUGCGGUUGAACGAUAUUCGGAUUCUGUUUCGCGUUGGACGUCCGAUGCGCGCCGGCAUCGAGGAAAACGACAAGCGGAAUGAGUUGCGCAUGACAAAAAGAUUGGUCGAUCCUACAAAGCGUUGAGGAAACUUAACGGCGUAGCUAGCACGUGUCGACGCGCGGACUGUGAAUCAUUCACGUUUCAACGGGCAGAUUUUAUGGCACACAAGGAUAAAUAAAGAUACAAGGAUGGAUUGCAUCAAGGGCGACGGCUCUUACGUCGGGAGACGAAAAUGGUUUGCACGAUACUUCGGAUUGCUUCGGAUAAAAUUCAAGUACAACGAUAACAAUGGAAAUUUAUACGAACAAUACCAGUUCGUACAAGUGUCGCUAAAUUAAUAUGUUAAAAUACAUCCUAGAAUAAAGUAAUCCUGCAAGUCGGCCGACUAUUACAGCUGUCUCUCCGCGAUGAAAAGCAAGGCAAGACUCAAAAGUCACAUUCUGGGGAAAAAGAAGAGAGAAGUCUAUGACGCUAUUCUCUAUUCGUGAUAAUAUGUUGAACUGGAAGUAAGAAGGGCACAGCUUGAGAAAGACGGACAAAGACGGAGAUUUUCUUCGAUCCUCCGUGUAGCUUCUUUCAUUCCAACAAGGUAUUCCACUUCAGCGUAUCAAAUUUUAAAACAAAAUUCGAACAACUUUAACUUCUUCACAAUUUUGUGGAAAAUUUAUAACUGCGAAAAUGAUUAAACAGUAAAAAUUGAACUUUUGGUACUCAAGGUUUCACGAAUAUAUUUUUCAACUUAAUCGUAGAUCAUAAAAUGAAUUAAUCGCAAAUUUUUUAAAGCGUCGGUCGCAAGUUCCUCUAAUAAGAAACACUAAUUUCAGUCGUCGAAAAGACGAAAUCAUUAAAACUCGCUGCGAUGAGGAACGAAAUACCUGCGUAUUUCGUAAUUCCGAGCAAUCGUUCACGAACGAAGGCAAGAAAAACGUGACUGGCAAACAGGUGAUGGAUCUCGCAUGGCGAUCUUAUCUCUCGAGUUUCGUCAUCGUCAUUUUCGGUCCCUCGGAGUCGCCAUUCGUUUCACUCACGCACGCAAGAUCUGCCCGGUACGUACGAUCGAUGAUCCGCACACAUGGCCGCGUUUUCUCCCGGUGGACAUACAUCCUCCACCCCCACCCCCCCCCCCUCUCCCCCUCCGGUAAAAGGUCUACGAAAAGUAUAAUGCUUCACGAUAAGUCCGCCGAUUACCGCCGGUUCGCCGUCGAGACGUUUCCAGCGAGUGUUGCAUUCUGAUUUCCCACGCUCGCAAACAUCACCGAUAAUAUGUUGAUCGGAGGGCGCGUUCCUCCUCGUUUAAAAUACAAAAAUACUGUUCUGAUGCACCAUAUCUUCACCUACUAUCCCUACCAUUAUGCACAUUAUAAUCCCUGUAGUCUUUAACGCUCCUUUAUCGUGGACAAGGAAAGAAUACUGAGUACAACGUCGUACGUAUGUAUACAUAUGUGUGCAACGUAGUAGACAAAAAAAAAAAAAAGAGAACCAAGGAUAACCACCGCAGAAGUACCGUAAUCUCGAUUUCGUGAAAGCUUGGAGGCUCAUUUUUCUUUUUUUUUUUCUUUCUCUCAUCUGCUCAAGAUUUCUCAUUCCUGAAUCCUAACGCGCGCAAAUCCGUUGGCUCUUCCGUCCCGGAGAGACGCCAGGACGCGGUACGUGUCGAGAGGAUGGCGGCCCGAACAAUGCAACGAUACGAUACAAUUGUUGUGGAAAAGAAGGAGCGGUAACGGAAAUGUCCUUUAACGCAAACGAUCGUCGAUGUACAAUGUGUGUCGUUCCGCAGAAGAAUCUUGCGUGAAUUUUGGUGUGCGCUCGCCAACAGGCGACGACGGACUGUCAUUGCGAUAUCGGUAUUCCAUGUUCCUCGAUUAACGUUAAUACUACGGUCGUUUAAUUAGUUGGCGGCGCGCGGAAUCGCGUUCCUGCAGCGCUGCCGCUCGUUAUCAGCUACGGUUAUUAAAUCGUAUAAUUAUAUAUAUACUUUGUUUUAUAUAUAUAAUAUAUAUAUAAUAUAGUAUAUAUUCAGCAUCACAGUAAGAUAGCGCCCUUCAUUAUUAAGUUAUCGUCGAUCAGCUCGGACUAUUUAUAUUUUCAUUCCUGUCAACAACAUCAUACUCUCUACAACAAAUCCCCCCCUUCAAAACGUCGUCAAAGUGCCACGACCGCGCGGCUUGAACAGGCGCGGCGAGUUUUAUUAUUUCUUUUUCUUUUUUUUUUUGUUUUUACGUACUGUGGACAGGUGACGGAUAUAUUUGUCAUCUGCGAAAAUCCGAGACAAACGGGAGAGUAUUAUUAUAUUAAUUAAAAAUCGCGUGUGUGUGAAUUGCAGGAGGCAGGUACG